AACACACCCAGCCAGCCUCCAGAUUUGAGGGGUUAGCAGCAGCAGCAGAGGUCGGAAAGGGAAGAUCGAACUGUGACGAUGAAGGGAAGCGUCGGGGACCCACUACCAUGUGAGAGGCCAAAGCAGGAGGGGCAUAUCUGGGGCUCUAUGAAGAGGACAGCCUUCAUUCUGGGCUCAGGUCUGCUUUUGUCUGUGGCUUUUUGGAACUCUGUCACCUGGCAUCUGCAGAAAUUUUGGGGUGCCUCAGGCUACUUCUGGCAAGCCCAAUGGGAGAAGCUACUUUCUACUUUUUCGGGAAAGGAGUGGAUCCUCUUCUCUCUAGGUACAGUUCUUAUUCCUACCAUAUUAUUUUGGAGUUUUAAUGCCCUUCUUUUGGUGGUAGACACAACUGGGAAGCCACAUUUUAUCUCCCGCUACCGAAUUCAAAAUGGCAAGAAUGAUCCUGUGGACCCCAUGAAACUCUGCCAGGCCCUUGUUACAGUCCUCCUCAACCAGUACAUCAUCUCCCUCCCCAUGCUGGGGCUCUGCUAUCUCUUCCUCAAGUGGCGAGAAAAUCCUUGCCGCCCUGAGCUGCCCACCUUUCACUGGUUCCUCUUGGAGCUGUCUGUCUUCAUACUGAUAGAAGAAGUCAUGUUCUACUAUUCACACCGGCUUCUUCAUCACCCCAUGUUCUAUAAGCGAUUCCAUAAGAAGCAUCAUGAGUGGACAGCCCCCAUCGGUGUGGUCUCUCUCUAUGCUCACCCUAUAGAGCAUGUGGUCUCGAACAUGCUACCAGCCAUGGUGGGUCCCAUGGUAAUGGGCUCUCACCUGUCUUCCAUCACUAUGUGGUUUUCCUUGGCUCUCAUUAUCACCACCAUUUCUCACUGUGGUUACCACCUGCCUUUUCUGCCUUCACCGGAAUUCCAUGACUACCAUCACCUCAAGAACUGCAGCCCUAUUUCUGCUCCCUUGUCAGAUUCAAUCAGUGCUACGGAGUGCUGGGGGUACUUGACCAUCUUCAUGGGACUGACAACACAUUCAAGCAGACGAAGGCCUACGAAAGACACAUGCUGCUGCUGAACCUUACUCCUCUUUCUGAAAGCAUCCCUGACCCACCCAAGAAGAUAGAGUGAGAUGGCAUGAGCAACUGGCCCCCAUCCCCACUGCUUCUGGCAGGGGGCUGUCCCCAUUAGACCUAGGAUGUCUCCCUUGACAAAUCAGAGCUAAUAAUUCUGCCAAAUGACUUUCUAAUGACACAGGUAGAUUCCCUGACGACUGGCUGAUUGUGACAGAAUGAGGGGAAGGAACAUGGCUUCCUAGAGAAGCAGGAAAAAGGAGCUAGAGACAGUACCAACCCCAAUUCUCUUCCCAGAGCUAUGCCAUAGUGAACAUCUUCCAACAGCCAUAAUAUGGUGGGGUGGGGAUCAUGAAGUACCAUUGUGCAGGAGGAACAUUAGGGCCUGGAGAGCAAAAAGGCAAUGGGUUGGGCUCCCAGCCCCACUGAUGGGUUCACUUAUGGAUUGACUAGAGUGGAUUAUUAGAGGACUACAAGCCAUGUUAGAUAGGACUGGUUGAAGGAACAAGGGAUGUUGAGUCCAGAGAAGACUUGAGGAAAGAUGUCCUAGUUAUAUUUUAAGGGCUGUCACGUGGAAAAGUGAUUAGAUUUGUCAUGCUAGAAUUAGGAGUAAUGGAUGGAAGAUACAGAGAGGCAGAUUCAGGCUUAAUGUCAGGAAACACUUCCUAACAAUUUGAGCUUUCCAAAAGUGGAAUGAACUGCCUUAGGAGAUAGUGAGUUCCCCAGCCCUAAAGUCUUCAAGUGUAGUCUGGAUAACUACUUGGGGAACAACUCUUGCUUAAAUAUGACUCGAUGCCCUCUUAAGUUCCCUUAAGAUUAUAAGAGCAGAGCUGAGGAGGGAGAAAAGAAGGUAUGCCCCUAAACCCCAAUUUAAGGGGAAAUUUUGUUAACAGUCUAUCAAGACUAGAUGAAAGGCUUACUGCAGUCAGACAUUACAUCAGGGUUACUCUUAGCUGCUAGAAACUGCCAUGGGAAGCCUUUCCAGUGGUAAGGUGGAAGAAGGAAAGGUGGAAGGGAGGAAAAGGGGAAAAUGAGAUGGCCACCAUGCCUUCUUGUUUUUCAGGUUCUAAGUUGAGAAAGUGGUUGAUUUUACCUCUUCUCUAUCAGCCCUGAACAGACUCAAUCACAGGAACAUGGGAUUUAGAGAAAGGACAUUAGUCCAACCACCACAUUUUAUAAAGAAACUGAGGCCCAGAGAGAAGUACUUGGCCAAGGUCCCACAGGUUAAAUAAAUAGGAGAGCCACUACAUCAACGAUGGAUGCCAAGAGAUCAGGAAGAUAUUCUCUUAAAUAGAAGAACAAGGCCUCCAGUUCAGGUCCUGAGCAAUCCUCAAAACUCUGACCCAAAAAGCAUCCCCUAGGUUCAUGACCCAAGAUAGCAAAGAAGCUAGAAUAAACCCCAGCACUAAGCCCUGGCUGCCCAGCUGAGUGGCAGAAGAAAGCCCCAAAGAUGCCCUGGUCAUAGUACCCCUGACAUGAUACUUUCAAAGGGAUAGUAUCCAAAGGUUUUAGUCCUUGGUGCACAGCCAGUCAGAACAAUGGUAUGUUCUCAGUUUCCCCUCAGUUCCUAGAGACAGGUUUCACUGAGCACCUAAGACAGCAGCUGAAAUCCUAAGCAGAAACCCCUUGCCUAUCACAACCCUCCCCAUAGACGCAAACAAAUCCAAAAAGGGGCCCUGCACCAGCCCCAGAACACCCUGUAGCUGCUGAAGUGAAUUUAAGAUAGGAACCAGUUUGACACCCAGCUCUUUGCCUCUCACCCUAUAGUUGGGUCUUUAGCAGGGUGAGCCUAUGUAAUGGUAAGAUUGAGUUGGAAGGGCCCUUAGAGAUUACUGAGCCCAAUUCCCUCAUUUUACAGAUAAAGAAACUGAGACCCAGAAAAA